AUGGUAGAACGCAAAGUCAAGAAUUGCCUUGCCUGUCAAUCGUCAUCAUCGACCGGUUCACCACCAGAGUCACUGAGAAUGUCAAAGCUUCCAGAAAGUCCGUGGAAAGAAGUAUCCAUAGAUUUUAAAGGGCCUUUUCCUACAGGAGAAUACCUACUUGUAAUCAUAGACGAUUUUAGCCGGUUUCCAGAAGUCGAAAUCGUAUCGUCUACCUCUGCAAAAGCUACAAUUCCGAAACUGGACGCUGUCUUUGCCCGCCAAUGCAUACCGGACAUUGUAAAAAGUGAUAACGGACCUCCAUUUAAUGGUUUUGAAUUUUCGCAGUUCGCAGAGUAUAAUUAUGGUUUUCUCGCACAAGAAAUGUACUCCAUUGUGGCCACGUGCCAACGGUGA